CCAACAUAGUCAAUCUUGCUACUGUACAGCUUAACUAAUUUUUCAAUUGUUAAUUGUACGACGAAGGUGAUUUACGAAUAUUGUUGCUUGUUGUUUACAAUUUGAAAACAAUAAUACGGACUUUGGCGAUACUGACAGUCACCAACUAUUUAACGAGGCCGCAUCAUUCCACAUUCCUCCAUAUAUAUAAGGUGGAUAAUUCUCACAACCUUGAAUUACAGCAUCACAAUGACUACAGGGUAGGUAAAACACAUUUCAUGUUCCGUAAUAACCUUUGUUUGUAUUUUAGAGUCAGAAUUGCCUUGUUAAUUAUUCUAUUAUGCGGAAUCUGUUUGUAUGCUGCUUUACUGCUAGUUGAGAAGUUGAGAAACAUGUAUCCAAUUAAUUAUGUUGCACUGGCAUCGGUGGUUGUUUUACUGUUUGCCGGUGUGGGAUUUUUGUAUAAUGGUCUACCACCUCUUGGUAUCUCAAUUGGUGUAACCCUUGGGGUCUCAGUGAUAAUAAUAUUUACCUGUUGGAAUUUGAAUAAUCUGACACCGAAGGGAUUCAACGUAUUCGCCUCAGUAGCAGCUGGACUUGCUCUCGUGGGAUUUGUUUUCCUAAUCCUCAAGGCGUUAUUGACAUCGCUAAUAUUCGGGUAUCUGGCGAGUGCAUUCUUGUGUUGUGCAGCAGCUGUUAUUUUGUUCUGCGUGGUAUGUGGACUCAGAAAACGUCUUCAGAAAGAAAGACCUAUGUUCGAUAAGAUGUUGGACCUUUUGAAUAUAUACGUUGCAGUUAUUGCAAUGUUUGCAGCAAUAUCAGUUGGCUUUGCUUGAGAAAGAAAGGAAGUAUAU